AUGAGGAGCCCGGUGCCGGAGCGUAGCCUCAUCAUCGAGAGCGAUGACGACGACGACACCCAAUCCGCUCUCGCCACCAACUGGACAGGACACGGCCACGGCGAGGAGGAGCCGGAGCAGGAGCCGGGUUCGGACUCCGACUCCUCCUCGUCGUCCUCAUCCUGCGCCACCCCACGCCGCGGCCCAAGCUCCCCCGCCUACACCCAGCAAUGGCCGCAGAGUUACAGGCAAUCGAUUGACAUUCUUAGUAGCGUGCACUCACCCAAUCUGAGCUUUUUGGGGACUCCAACUCUGAGCAGACUGUCAAACUCUUUCCUUGCCAUCACCGAUUCUUUUCGGGGCAAAGCCCCUGAAACAAUCUCAAACUUUAUCAAGCCACUUCUUGGCCCCACAUCAAGUGAUGAGCAGCAGCAGCAACAUGAAGAUACCCGAAAGAGUUCUCAGCACAUUAUGCCCUCAAGGAAAUCAUCUUUGCAACAAAUCCCUGAGGAUCAAAAGCCACUGAUAGUUGGUCAUGAGGCGUCUCAUAAUCGAAAUUGCUCUUACACCCAGGGAGUGAUGAAUGGAAUAAAUGUUCUAUGUGGCGUGGGAAUCCUAUCAACACCUUAUGCCAUCAAACAAGGGGGUUGGAUUGGGCUGUUGAUACUCUGUUUAUUUGCAUUGCUUGCAUGGUACACUGGCGUGCUCCUGCGCCAUUGCCUGGACAGCAAGGAGGGCCUCGAGACAUACCCAGAUAUCGGCCAUGCAGCCUUUGGCAGCACAGGUCGCAUAGUUAUCUCGAUAAUACUGUAUGUGGAAUUGUAUGCAUGUUGCAUCGAGUAUUUGAUAUUGGAGAGUGACAAUUUGUCAAAAUUAUUCCCCACUGCACACCUGACCAUUGGGAGCCUGACGCUGAACUCACAUGUAUUUUUUGCAAUCUUGACUACCAUCAUAGUCAUGCCAACCACCUGGCUCCGUGACCUGAGCUGUUUGAGCUACAUUUCAGCUGGGGGUGUCAUUGCAUCAAUCCUUGUGGUCAUCUGCCUGUUCUUGGUUGGGGUUGUCAAUAAUGUCGGCUUUGAGAACGAAGGGACUGCACUGAACCUCCCAGGAAUUCCUAUUGCAAUUGGAUUAUAUGGUUACUGCUACUCAGGGCAUGGGGUAUUUCCAAACAUAUAUUCCUCUCUGAAGAAUCGCAACCAGUUUCCUUCAAUUCUUUUUACAUGUGAUGGGAUACAAAAUGUUUGGUGA